CGUUUGAGCGUGUUUCUCACAUAAUGUCACGUCUGACUCCUGGACACAGCACUCAAGCUCGUCAUGGUGCGACACAGUCCCACACGACUUAUUAGCUUUCUGUUUAUUACGCUUAUACUAAGCAUCGUGCCAGUCGAAGCUAACAUGAAUAAGAGGGAGGUGACAAACUUCUGCAAAUGCAUCUGCUUCUCUGCAAACUAUACGAUUCUAUCCCUGAACACGCCCGACAACCCGUCCAAACCUUGUCUGUCGUGCACUAAGCAGUGGUGCUUGAAUCAGAACCUACCUAUCUGCGCUGGUGCAUCUCUUGGCGACACAGAUCCAGACACUGCAACCGGCCUAGAGGGAGAUGUUGAAGCGCGAUGUUUUCAACGAGAUUCUCCUAGGGAUCAGCUUGUAGUCACCCUUUUUCUAUUGACUAUCCUCGGGCUGUUACUUGGCGUGGGCAUUAAAAACCGCAUGCUCAAGGUCGGUUUGGAUUCUAGUACGGCAUGGUCUACCAGCAGGCGCUGGUGGGAGGAAUGGUUACCGCGUGACCUUCGUGAGCGUUUUGCUCGCUCUACUGGCAACAGUGGUCGGGGAAAUUACAGAGAGAUGUCGAAUACACUUCCCAUGUAGUUCUUUGAUAUGGAUGUUAUGUACAGUAGAUUUGCGGUAGAUCCGCGAUGCCUUGCCUGCGCAUGUUUCCCAUACAGGGUACGAAUGGGCGCUACACUAGGCU